GCCAAGCCUUCCGUCGCCCCACCGAGCCCGGAACGCCUAGCGUCCACAGCCGGGUAACCCAUUCCGCCUUUUUCGGUCUGGGUCGGUCUGACUCGGGGGAGGGUGGGAAACGGGUCCUUGGACCGCUUGGAGGAUUGGAAGUUGCAACAGGAGCGCUGGAAGGAGCGGCACUGGACCAUCAGAAGAGUCCAAAUGGCGCAGUGGGAGAUGUUGCAGAACCUUGAGAGUCCAUUCCUGGACCAGUUACACCAGCUCUACUCACAGAGCAUACUGCCAAUGGAUGUUCGACAGCACUUGGCUGCCUGGAUUGAAGACCAGAACUGGAGGGAAGCUGCACUAGGCAAUGAUGAUUCCAAGGCCAGCAUGCUGUACUUCAACAUCCUGGGGCAGCUGAACCAGUGGGACCACUACAGCUCAGACUCCGAUUACUUCUUAUUACAGCAUAACUUGCGAAAAUUCAGCCGGGACAUUCAGACCUUUCCCAAUGGCCCUACCCAAUUGGCCGAGAUGAUCUUUAAUCUUCUUCUGGAAGAGGAAAGGAUUCUGAAUCAGGCCCAAAGAGCUCACGAGGUGCAACCCAGGCCAGCCCCUGAAGCAGUAGUAGAGAGCCAGCAACUUGAGAUUGAAAAUCGAAUCCAGGAUUUACAGACCGUGCUUGAGAUGUUGGUGAGAUCCAUCAGGCAGCUGAAGGACGAGGAGGAUGUCUUCAGCUUCAGAUACACAAUUGUCACUCAAAAGAAAACAGCGUCUUUGGAUCCCCAUCAGAGCCAACAGCUGCAGCUAGUGCAGGCAACACUCAACAAAGUGGACAGAAUGAGAAAGGAGGUGCUGGACAUCUCCAAAGGACUGAUUGGCCGAUUAACCACCCUGGUCGACCUAUUGCUGCCCAAACUGGAUGAAUGGAAGGUGCAGCAGCAGAAGUCCUGCAUUGGGGCCCCGCCACCCGAGCUGCAGCUGGAACAGCUGGAACAGUGGCUGACGGCUGGAGGAAAGUUCUUAUUCCACCUUCGGCAGCUACUGCAGCAGCUGAAGGAGAUGAGUCGUGAUCUUCAGUAUGAUUCUAACCAGCUGGGCCAAAGGGUGGACCUGCAGAAUGCCCAAGUCAUGGAGUUACUUCAGCGUCUGCUCCAAAGGUCCUUUGUAGUGGAAACCCAGCCCUGCAUGCCCCAGACUCUCCAUCGACCCCUCAUCCUGAAGACGGGGAGCAAGUUCACCGUCCGAACAAGACUGUUGGUGAGACUCCAGGAAGGCAGCGAAUCACUCAGAGCAGAAGUCUCCGUUGACAGGAAUUCAGACUUACCAGGCUUUCGGAAGUUCAACAUUCUGACCUCAAACCAAAAAACCUUGACUCCCGAGGAGGGCCAGAGGCAAGGCUUAAUUUGGGACUUCGGCUUCUUGACGCUGGUGGAGCAACGCUCUGUAGGUGCAGGAAAGGGCAAUAACAAGGGGCCGCUGGCUGUAACAGAGGAGUUACACAUCAUCAGUUUCCUGGUGGAGUACGUGUACCAGGGUCUGAAGAUGAAGCUGCAGACGGACACUCUACCCGUGGUGAUUAUUUCUAACAUGAACCAACUCUCUAUUGCCUGGGCAUCCAUUCUCUGGUUCAACAUGCUCAGCUCAGAUCCCAAGAACCAGCAGUUCUUCUGCCAAGCUCCGAAAGCCCCCUGGAGUUUGCUGGGGCCCGUGCUCAGCUGGCAGUUCUCCUCUUAUGUCGGCCGAGGCCUCGAUUCUGAGCAGCUGGGCAUGCUGAGGAACAAGCUGUUUGGAAAGAGCUGCAAGAUGGAGGAUGCCCUGUUGUCCUGGGUAGACUUUAGCAAGCGAGAGAGCCCCCCUGGCAAGAUCCCUUUCUGGACCUGGCUGGACAAAAUUCUGGAGCUGGUACAUGACCACCUGAAGGAUCUCUGGAAAGAUGGGCGCAUCAUGGGCUUUGUGAGCCGCAGCCAGGAACGCCGACUGCUGAAGAAGAUGAUGUCUGGCACCUUCCUACUGCGCUUCAGUGAGACUUCUGAAGGGGGCAUUACGUGCUCUUGGGUAGAGCACCAGGAUGAUGAUAAAGUCCUCAUCUACUCUGUGCAGCCCUACACCAAGGAAAUGCUACAGUCACUCCCCCUGACAGAAAUCAUCCGCCACUACCAGGUUCUUGCAGAAGAGAACGCCCCUGAGAACCCACUCCGUUUCCUCUAUCCUCGAAUCCCUCGGGACGAAGCUUUUGGGUCCUACUACCAGGAAAAAGUUAAUUUUGAAGAACGGAGGAAAUAUUUGAAGCAUAGGCUCAUCGUGAUCUCUAACAGACAGGCAGACGAGCUGCAGCAGCCUCUGGAACUCAAACAGGAUCCAGAGUUGUUAGGACUGGAUGCAGAGCUCAUGUCGGCUAUGAAGUUAGCACAGAACCUGGAGUUGGAGUCCAUGCUGCAGACAGGACUGGAUCUGGGCACAGAGCUGAAACUAGACCCCACACUGAGUACAGCCCCACAAAUCAUGCUGGAGCCAGACCCAACACAUUCACUGCAGCUGGCGUCUGAGCCAGAUUUGCCUCAGGACCUGCAGCAGCUGAACAUGGAGGAUAUGGAAAUCUUCAGAAACAACAUAAAUAUUGAUGAGAUCAUGCCCAACGGUGACCCGCUGUUGGCUGUCCAGAGCACCAUGGAGGAGGCGUACAUGACCUGCCCCAGCCAUUUUGAUGUAGAUGGACCCUUGAUACCUUCUGAGGACUAGGCGCUGCAUUCCUGGGAUGUUGCUUCUGACCAUGGGAAAUGAGGCCUUCUAAGCUGGGUUAGCCAUGAACUUUUGAGCAAGAGGUAAAACCUUAACAUGGUUUCUAAGGUGCACCAAAGAGUCAGAACAGACGCUGGCCAUAGUCUUUCUAGGAUCCCGAGGCUGCCUGCCAUGCUGGGAGACACAGGGGUCUUGAUGGCCAGACAGGACAUUUGUGAGGUCCUUAGAGGGUCUGAGGCAGUGGUGUCUUUCCAGGUUGGAAUGACUUUGAUGUUUUGAUAAUUGGCUAAGUAGGUGCGAAGCAACAUCGGGCCUUUGUUGGGAGCUCAGACGUGGAUGGAAUUCUGACUUUCCUCCCCCAUUGCUACCCUGGGUCCUGUCAAACCCAGAGCCUUGCCCAUGGUAGGCAACCACAGUGGUACUGAGCCAUGCCUGAGUCCUUCAGUUCUCUCUUCCGGAUACCUCAGGUGUACUCCAGUUCUAAAUUUCCUUCUCUUCCUGUAGAGGCUGAGCACUGUCCGCUUCAGCCCGCCAUGUGAAACAGAACUACGGUAGCAGCUCCCUUGCCCUGCUCAGUUCCCUUCACAAAGUAAUCCUGACACUCUAAUGAAGAUGUGAAGCUUUGCCGCUUUAGGCCAUGUCGUC